AUGGAAAACCACCACCACCACAACCAUAACCAUAACCAGAAUGACCGAAGAGAAGGCCACAAAAUAGUUGUGGUAAUGGUGCCACUACCAGCUCAAGGCCACCUCAAUCAGCUUCUCCACCUUUCCCGUCUCAUCUCAUCCUACGGUAUUCCCGUCCACUACGUCGGAACCACCACCCACAGCCGCCAGGCCAAGCUGCGCAUCCACGGAUGGGAUCCUCUCGCCGCCACAAACAUCCAUUUCCAUGAAUUUCCAACCCCUUCUUUUCUCUCUCCCCCGCCCAACCCUAAUGUCUCCUUCCCAUCACAUAUUUUGCCAUUAUUUUAUGCAUCAUUGAGGCUUCGCGAGCCUGUUGGUACACUUCUACGCUCACUAUCAAAUACAAGUAAAAGAGUCGUCGUCAUUCAUGACUCUCUAAUGGCUUCCGUCGUGCAAGACGUCCCUUCAAUACCGAACGCCGAGUCUUACAGUUCUGAAAGCGUAUCAGCUUUUUUCAUCUCCUUGUUCCACUGGGAAACGGGAAAACCUAUCCCAAUUGAACCGGAAAUAUUAAAAGAGGCUCCAUCUCUCGAAAGUUGUGUGACAUCGGAGUUUAUGGAAUUUUUACAAACACAAGAACAGCACGGGAGAUUCAACUCUGGAUCUCUUUACAACACAUCCAAAUCAAUAGAAGAUCCGUACCUCGAUAUGCUAGCAGAGGACCAGAUUAUUGGAACUAAGAAGCAAUGGGCUAUAGGGCCAUUCCAUCCGGUUGAAAUAUCGAAGGACGAAGGUUCAAAUAGGCGUCAUUCAUGCUUGGAGUGGCUUGACAAACAGGUUCCAAAAUCUGUGAUUUUUGUAUCUUUUGGAACCACCACUUCAUUGUCUGACGAACAAAUCAAAGAGCUUGCAAUUGGAUUAGAACAAAGCGGGCAAAACUUCAUCUGGGUGUUGCGAGAUGCAGAUAAAGGAGAUAUAUUUGCAGGAGAAGUUAGAAAAGCUGAACUGCCAAAAGGGUACGAAGAGAGAGUGGCAGGAAGAGGAAUAGUGGUGAGAGACUGGGCACCACAAUUGGAGAUUCUGGGGCAUCCGUCAACAGGUGGUUUCAUGAGUCAUUGUGGGUGGAAUUCAUGCAUGGAGAGUAUGAGCAUGGGAGUGCCAAUAGCAACCUGGCCAAUGCAUUCAGACCAACCAGCCAAUGCUCUGCUGAUAACAAAGGUGCUUAAAGUGGGUCUGGCGGUGAAGGAUUGGGCUUGCAGACAUGAGAUUGUGACGUCAUUAAUGGUGGAAAAUGCUGUUAAAAAGUUGAUGGCGUCAACCGAAGGAGGCGAGAUUAGGAAGACGGCCAUAGAUUUGGGUGGUUCUAUUCGGCAAUCUGUGGAACACGGCGGAGUUACUCUCCACUAUGUCGGAACCACCACCCACACCCGCCAAGCCAAGCUGCGUGUCCAUGGUUGGGAUCCUCUCUCCGUCAACAACAUCCAUUUCCAUGAAUUUCCAUCCCUCUCCUUUCUCUCUCCCCCUCAAGACCCCAACGUCUCCUUCCCAUCGCAUAUUGUGCCAUUACUUUAUGCAUCAUCGAAACUUCGUGAUCCUGUUGCCACACUUCUAAACGCUCUCUCAACUACAACUAAAAGAGUCGUCGUCAUUCACGACUCUCUGAUGGCGUCACUUGUCCAAGACAUCCCUUCAAUAUCGAACACGGAGUCCUAUAGUUUCCAUAGU